CUCCUUAUCUAUCUCUCCUUAUCUCCCUCUCUCAGCUAUGGCGGAUUUAGUCACGUGACUGUCACGUGCUUACGGGAACAAAACCCUAACCCUAACCCUAGAAUCUCAUCUGAAAGCCCGUCCGUGUUCCUCCUUUUCUGAAAAUUAUCUGCAAUUUGAAGAUGUCGAUCGCUUUGGAGAGCAGCAGCGCCAGGAUCGAGCGGUCGGGAUUUAUCCGCGGGAUAUCUCCCUGCAUCUCGAUCUUCGAUCCGCCGGAGCCUGGCCGGAACAUGCCGCAGGGAGAUCGCCGGUUCGCGGCGGCUGAUCCAACGCCGAAGGUGGCGGAUGAAGAGGAGGAAACUUCUUGCAGUUCGUCGAUCGGGAGGAACAGCGAUUGCUUGGGCGGGCCGUCGUCGGGUUCGGACGGUGAGGAUUCGGGGGAGGUGCAAAGCUCGUACAAGGGGCCGUUGGAUAUGAUGGAUGCGUUGGAGGAGUCUUUGCCGAUCAGGCGGGGUAUCUCUAAGUUUUACUGUGGCAAAUCAAAAUCCUUCACAAGCCUGGCAGACACUUCUUCUUCCGCUAAAGAUCUAGCAAAACCAGACAAUGCCUACAAUAGGAAACGCAAGAAUUUGCUGGCCUUCACUCACUAUUUGGACAGGAACCGCAAUUCUCCUCUGAGAAGCACCGCAGGCAGUAUAUCCAAGAGACCCGCCAAUUCCAGCCGAAGCACAUUGGCUCUUGGUGUUGCCAUGAGCAGCUCCGAGAGCAGCAUGAGCGAGGAGCAUGAGCCCCGUCUUCCACCUCUCCACCCUCAAGGGAAAUCUCCAAUCUGCCGGUCGCCAUCUCAAUGGUCUUUCUCAUCGAGAUCCUUCUCCUUGUCGGAUUUGCAAGGUGCUAGUAGUAACUCGCCAAUCUGCCUCAGAGAUAAGCACAAGAAGUUCUGCUAGUUUUUCUGCAUGCCAUUCCUGCCCUCCUUUCUUCUCCUGUGGCAGAUUCUAAGGUAAGAAAGUGAGUUGUCAUUUUCACAUAUGGAAGCGGUUACGAUCUGAAUUUGCCUCACUGUUCUUCUUUUUCAUGUAAAUGAUGCAUUUCUCUUUUGUCUGUUACAUGUUAUUUCAAAAAACCAUGUUGUGGCUUCUCGGGAGUACAUCGAAGGAAUACUGUUUUUACA